AUGUCUCUCCGUCCGUCCACUGCUCCUCUGCGUGCCCCUUUGCCUUCUCCUCCUGAGUCCUCUCUUCCUGCUCUUGCUGACCCGGAGUCGGACUCCCUUCGUGCUGCCAGUCCGACUGUCACGCGUCUCCUUGCUACUGUUGUCACUGACCCUUCCUUUGAGUCCACUGCUGCGUCUGCCCUAGUUGCUGAGCUCGUCGACUUUGCUGCUCGCUGUCGUCUAGACUACGCUGCUAGUCUUGUUGCUGCGUCUGAGUCUGUCUGUCCUCCGUCCGUCGGGGGUGAGUGUGCCCUUGGCACGGACGUCCUUGAGGACAGACAGGAGGAGUUCCAGUGUUUGGCUGCUGCUUCACCUCAUCUCGUGUCCGUACUGCUUACCCCUGAGGGAGACCCGGAUGCACUUGACAUCCCGACUCCGCGCUCUUACGCGGAGGCGAUAGAGGGUCCCUACUCCUCUCAGUGGCAGGCAGCUAUGGACGCAGAGAUGGCUUCCUGGAAGUCCACAGGCACCUACGUUGACGAGGUUCCCCCGCCUGGGGCGAACAUCGUCAGUGGCAUGUGGAUUUUCAGGGUGAAGCGGCCGCCGGGUUCUCCGCCUGUCUUCAAGGCGCGUUACGUGGCUCGUGGCUUCAGUCAGCGGCAGGGAGUUGACUACUUUCAGACCUUCUCUCCCACCCCGAAGAUGACCACUCUUCGGGUACUGCUGCACAUAGCUGCUCACCGUGACUACGAGCUACACUCUCUUGACUUCGGCACUGCUUUCUUGCAGGGCAGCCUGCACGAGGAGAUCUGGUUGCGCCGCCCACUUGGCUUCACUGGGACUUUUCCUCCUGGCACCCAGUGGAGCCUCCGGCGGCCAGUCUACGGUCUCCGCCAGGCACCGCGUGAGUGGCACGACACACUGAGGACUACACUUGCGGCUCUUGGGUUUGCUCCCUCUACUGCCGACCCGUCGCUGUUUCUGCGCACCGACACUUCUUUGCCGCCGUUCUACAUCCUCGUGUACGUCGACGACUUGGUCUUUGCCACAGCUGACACUGCUGGACUCGCCCACGUGAAGUCCGAGCUGCAGAAGAGACACACGUGCACAGACCUGGGUGAACUGCGCAGCUACCUUGGCUUGCAGAUCACCCGGGACAGAGCACGCCGCACCAUUACCCUGACUCAGUCACACAUGGUGCAGCAGGUCCUUCAGCGCUUCGGCUUCACGUACUCCUCGCCUCAGGCCACUCCUCUGCCUACUCGCCACUCGCUCUCAGCUCUGCCUUCGGAUGAGUCCGUAGAGUCGAGUGGCCCGUACCCAGAGCUUACCGGAGCACAUGGCUGCAGCGAAGAGGGUGUUGCGCUACUUGUGCAGUACGUCGGGCAUGGGGCUUGUGCUUGGAGGGCAGAGUCCAGUGGUCCUCACUGGGCACGCAGACGCUUCUUGGGCUGA